UUGUAUUCAGGAAACAUGGCUGCGGACUCUUCAAUGGAGCUUCUUUUUUUGGAUACUUUUAAACAUCAGAGUGCAGAGUUCACGAAUGUGGAUGUGGUCCGCUUUCCAUACGGAGUCCUUAUCACAGAAGUGCGUGUGAUUCCUCCUGGCAUCAAGGCCCACAGCACCUUGCCGGACAGCAGACUGUUUGGGGAGACGUCGCCUCAUGCAUUUCAGCUGGACCUGUUCUUCAACAAUGUGGCCAAGCCCAGCGCUCCAGUGUUUGACAGGCUGGGGAGCCUUGAGUACGACGAAAAUAAGUCCAUUGUUUUCAGACCCAGUGGCAAGGUGAACACGGAUGGGCUGGUGCUGAGAGGCUGGUACACCAGCCUGACGCUAGCAGUGUACGGCACCGCAGAGAGAGCCCUGGGUCACGAGCGGGACUCCCCGCCGCCGCCCCCGCCCCCUCCGCCUCCGCCCCAGCAGCAGGCGGGCCUGAAGAGGAGCGCCAAGCAUGACUGGGAUAAAGAAGACCAGUACAACGGCAGCCCACCCAGACCCCAGCCCAGAGGGCCCAGGACGCCCCCGGGCCCCCCCCGCGAUGAUGGCUAUGAGCAGAUUUCUAGUGAUGAGGAAGACCUGGAGAAUGGGACUUUCAAGCUCCCAAGCUUUGACAUCAACUAUACAGAUGAGGACCUGGCUGCAGUGCCCAGUAUGCAGUAUGACCUCUAUGAGAGGGAGAUCCGCCCCCUGCUGUUUUUCAGCCCUCCUUACAGGACUAAGUUUGAGACAGAAGUGAGCAAAAUGAAGGACUCUGAUUUGCAGGAAGAUCUGCUGGUGGCUGCAGAGUCUUCGGCCAAACUCGUUGAGCUUCUGGAAACGUACAGGGAAGACAGAAGUUCCAAGUGGGUUAUGGCUUUGGAGGAAGUGCCAGGUCUGUUAGUGAAGGGCCUGAGUUACCUGCAUGUGAAAGACUCAGAGCACAACCACCUUAAGCAGCUGGUAGAGUGGACGGGGCACGCCUUGUGUCUGCAGUCCGCUCUUGCGCAGCCGAUAGCUUUUAAUGUCAGGCAGCUGAAGGCAGGAAGCAAACUGGCCUCUUCUCUUGUGGAAUGUGGGACCCAAGCAGUGCUGGCUCUCCUCGAAGGCAAAAUCAUCAGCAGACUCUUUGAGCUUUUGUUUGCGGAGCACGUGUCCUCCUCCUUGAAGCUCAACACGUUGAAGUCCUUGGACAGCCUCAUCAGUGUCUCUGAAGGGAUGGAAGCGUUCUUGAGCAGCACGCUGGAAGGCCAGGACAAGAGCGGCUAUCCGAAGCUGGUGGAGCUGAUCCUGUUAGACCAGACCGUCCGAGUGGUGACAGCUGGCACUGCCAUCAUCCAGAAGGCCCACUUCUAUGAGAUUCUGUUGGAUCUGCAGAAGACUGCAAGUGCGUGGGCGGAGAAACUUCCCUCUGCACCAGGCCCUAGUGAAUGCGAGCCCGACCCGGACUCUGGGCAAGAGAAGUCCACCAAGGAGGAGGAGGGUGAACCUGAGAGCCCCAUGGACAUGGAUCACCUCCUGGCUUCUUCUAACAUUACUGAAGGAGACUUGGAAAAGCUCAUCAGCAUGCUUGAUGAGCUGUUGCAUCUCUUGGAAACAGCGCCCCACACUAUGAUCCAGCCCCCUAUCAAGUCUUUCCCCACCACAGCACGCAUAACAGGGCCUCUUGAGAGAGAUGAUCCCUAUCCUGUUCUCUUUAGGUACAUGCACAGCCGACACUUCCUGGAGUCUCUUACAGUGGUCCUGUCCAACCCAGCGGCCAGCGCCCACCCCGGAGUGCUGCAGGCUGUGAAGGACCUGCUGCGCUUCCUGGCACAGACUCAGAGAGGCCUGCUCUUCCUCAUGGCCGAACACGAUGCCACCAACCUGCUGGCAAGGGUCCUGACUCAGAUCCUGGAGCAGGAGCCCGAGGAGGGCGCCCCCGCAGACGGCCCUGCCGAGGACAGCUUCGCUCUCUGGCUGAUGCACGCCCUGCACGCUCUGCAGUGCGUGGCGGAGCUGUUCAACCACUUCGCUGGGGAGGGGGGCCUGGAGGAAGGGGACAUCCCAGGGGUCCUUGGGACCCUGCACAGCCUCUACCUCAUCUCCUUCAGCUCCACGGGCCGCUCCGCUGUGUCCCACAUCUUUAGCCUGGACCAGAACUUCUCCUGCCUUGUGACGCUGAUGGAACACUAUUCCAAAGAAGGCUUAGGGGAUUCGAAAGCAAGGAAGACUGUGACCUACAACUACGCCUGUAUGCUGGUUUUGCUGGUCGUGCAGUCGUCCAGUGAUGUGCGAAUGCUGGAGCACUACGCUGCAUCGCUGCUCAAAGUGUGCAAGGCUGACGAGAAUAACGCCAAACUGCAGGAACUCAGCAAGUGGCUUGAACCUUUGGAGAAACUGCGAUUUGAAAUAAACUGCAUUCCGAGUCUAAUUGAAUAUAUUAAACAGAACCUGGAGAACCUGAUAACUCAGGAAGGGGCCGGGGUCAUGACAGCUCUCCGCAUUCUGUGUCAUAUUGCCUGCCCUCCCCCUGCCGUUGAAGGUCAACAGAAGGACCUGAAGUGGAACCUCGCGGUCAUUCAGCUGUUCUCUGCCGAGGGGAUGGACACCUUCAUCAAGGUCCUGCAGAAGCUGAGCUGCAUCCUGCUGCAGCCCUGGCGUCUCCAUGGCAACAUGGGCACCAGCCUGCAGCGCGUCAUGAUCGUCUCGGUGGCCUGCAGCACCCUCCGGCUGCUCAAGUGCAUGCUGACGGAGCUGCUGCGGGGCGGCUCCUUCGAGUUCAAGGACACGCGCGUGCCCUCCACGCUGGUCGCGCUGCACAUGAUCCUCUGCUCCGUGCCCGUCUCGGGCCGCCUGGACCCCGAGGAGCAGAAAAUACAGAGCGACAUCAUCGCCAUCCUGCUCACCUUCACGCAGGGGGUCAAUGAGCAGGCCACGGACACGGAGGAGACGCUGGCCAACAACACCUGGUCGCUGAUGCUGAAGGAGGUGCUCUCUUCUGUCCUGAAGGCUCCCGAGGGGUUCUUCUCGGGUCUCGCUCUGCUGUCGGAGCUGCUGCCCCUGCCGCUGCCCAUGCAGACCACACAGGCGAUUGCGGCGCAGGACGUCGCCGUGGCGCUCAACACCCGGAAGCUGUGGAGCAUGCACCUCCACGUCCACGCCAAGCUCCUGCAGGAGAUCUCUUCCCCUGUUCCUGUUGGGCUUCAGGACAUCGCACUGAUAGUGAACACCUCUUCAGAAGGCUCUGUCUCUGAAGCAGAGCAGCUGGCCAACGCCCUGCCCUCCAAGGAGCUGCUCUCUGCCAUGUGUGACGCGAUGCUGGAAGCUCUGGGCAACACGGACAGCAGCUACACUGUGGUCCUCACCUGCAUCAGGACCAUGAUGUUCUUAACAGAGCACGACUACGGCUUCUUCCACUUAAAAAACGCUCUUAAGAAACACAGCACUGCCCUGUGCGGACUGAUCAAAAGGGUGAUCUUCGCCUUCAACAAGGAGUCUGCUGAGCUGGUGUCCGUUCUGCUGGACUUCCUCAGACAGAUCUUAAACACUGACUCGCUGGGCUGCUGCGGGGAUGAAGGCCCAACCCCCAUGGAUGUUGAUGGGAACAGCCCACCCCGCUCGCUGGCUCUCAGUGCUGCCGAGAUGAAGCAGCUCCUGCAGUGGAAGGAAGAUUCACAGGAUCACCUGCUGCAUGAGCUGGAGAAAGAAAUCACGGAAUAUUCUAAAGACGACGACAACCUUGAGACUUUACUGGAGAAUGUGGUUGGACUUAGGCAGACACUGGAAAGCGCUGUCGAAUCUACCUCUUCAAACGAGCAAGAGACUGAGCCUAACCUGCCUGCUCCAGAGAGCCUGCCCGUUCAGUUCAAUAAUAGGACGGUAUAUGUCCUGUCUGAUGUGUUUGAUGAUCAGCUGAAGGCAUUGUGGUUCUCCCCCUUCCAGACAGAAGAUAUUGACACUGACCUCGACAUGGUGAAGGUGGAUUUGGUGGGCCUUUCCGAAGAGUGCUGCCCCGAUUUCGACCUGAAGGCGGAGCUGGAGAAGUCCUUCCUGAUGGAGCCCUCCUCCCCCGGGCGGACGAAGCCCCCCAAGGGCUUCAAGCUCGGCAAGCACAAACACGAGACCUUCAUCACCUCCAGCGGGAAGUCCGAGUACAUUGAACCCGCCAAGAGGGCCCACAUCAUGGCCCUCCCGAGGGGCCGAGGCAGGGGGGUCUUCGGGCAGCUGUGCCGGCCGCACGACAUCUUCCGGCAGAGGAAGCAGAACACCAGCCGGCCUCCCUCCAUGCACGUGGACGACUUUGUGGCCGCGGAGAUCAAGGACAUCGGGCCGCUCACGGGCCUGCUGCAGGCCAAGAGGACGCCCAAGGGCUCCCCGAAGGUGCCGGCGCGGGGGCUGUUCGCCGGGAGCAGAGGUGGCCGGGGGGCCUUCCACAGCCAGACCCGCUUCUUCACCCCUCCGGCUCCCAAAGGCAAUUAUAACCGCAGGGAAGGAGGCCGAGGGUCCAGCUGGAGUGCCCAGGUGGCGCCUGUGACGCACAGAGGGACGUACAGUGAGGCCAGGGGUGGCCAGAGCAACUUCGCUAGAGGACCUCUUCCAUCUAGGCAGCCCUCAGCAGGUGCCUACCGGCUGGCUCCGCGGGACCGGGCCCCUCGCGGCCGUGGGACAGGCCUGUCGUGGGUGAGCGGCGGAGGAGGGGGGGGCGGCAGCUCCCGGGGGAAGUUCAGCAGCGGGGGCGGCGGGGGCGGCCGCGGGAGGCACGUGCGCUCCUUCACCAGGUAGACUCGGACAAGGGAGGACUGCUCACUGCGGGGAACGGCGAGGCCUCCUGUGGGGACUUGUGCCACUGAAGGACCCAGGCCGAUUUCUCUGCGGUGUCCGGAGACAUGAAACUCUUACUUGCAGACUUAAAUUCCAGUGACGUUUGUGCUUUCCUUUUUUUUUUAAAGAUGCGUUGUAAUUUCAAAUAAAAUAAUGAAACUAAA